AUGUCUUCGUUGACAGAGAUGCAUUACCCGCCAUCCGGCGCAAUGGCGCCCACGGCAUCAUCGUCGCCCCCGGACUCUACGCCCUCUCCAUCGACUUCGAGUGCUACCACAGCCCAUUCCUCCGCACGUCGACCACCACGCAAAAGCACCUUGACCCAGCAGCAGAAGAACAACAAGCGCCAACGCGCUACUCAGGAUCAGCUUGUUCUCUUGGAGAUUGAGUUCAACAAGAACCCUACCCCUACUGCAGCUACCAGGGAGCGCAUCGCCUCGGACAUUAACAUGACUGAGCGCUCUGUUCAAAUUUGGUUCCAGAACCGUCGCGCCAAAAUCAAAAUGCUAGCUAAGAAGAGCAUCGAAACCGGUGAAGGAUGUGAUUCUAUCCCGGAGUCCAUGCGCCAUUAUCUCGCUAUGCAAUUCGACCCGAACAAGCCCGGUGCAAGAGAUCCCUUCGGACGCGCCGGCGCAUAUGGUCCCCCUAGCAUGUACACGAAUGAGACUAACCCGUCUGGCAAAGUUGUUAUUUCACACUUCACUUGUCGUUCCCUGACUGUCGGCAGCUGGCGGCGCAUUGGACAAAACGCCAUGGACUUGGUUGUUUUCUAUUCCCCCGACAAGGCCUGCAUGACCUACUAUAUAAACAACGAUGCUGCCGGCUACAAGAUCGAAUAUCCGUUCGCUUAUAUCAAGAACAUCACCUUGGAAACCGGGGAUCCUAGCCCUGGCCCCAAUGGCGCACCCCCCGACCGGUGUGGUGAUUUCACCGAGGAACAGCAAGCUAGUCAAAUCAUGGUUCACCACCUGGGAGGCCAUCCCAAGGUUUUGAGCGUUCAACUUGCCAAGCUUGUUUCUUUGGAGUCUUUCCAGAACCGCCUGGCCUAUAACAACAACAGCUUUGCUGUGCCACCCGCAAUGUCUCCACCGUUUAUCCAGCGUCCUGCAUCCCAGCCCAACCAGUUCGCCGCCUCCCCUUACAUGAAUAUGUACCAGGACAGCAACCACUUGGGCUUCAAUAUGCCAGCAGCCCGCGGCCACAAGCGCCAACGAAGCCGUUCCGUCCCCGUCGCAAUUGAUAUCUCAACCCUCCAGGGACCCAUGUCUUCCUUCCACGUACCACCGCCUCCGCCUCCAUUUAACCACACAGAGGCGGGCAUCUAUGCUCCCGUGCCGCAGUCCGUCCACCAUCUCCCCACUGACCUCCGAAUCGACACCCAAGGAUAUGGGCUGGAUUUCCGGACAAAUCCAAUGUCCGCAACAACCACCGGAUCUCCCUCAGACUUCGCCAGCCCAAUGUUCAGCAAUGGCGGACAGGGCGAGUCCACCCCAGUGGCCAGUUUAGGACCGCAAUUCAACGUCCCCUUCGUCUCCGGUGGAUCCACAGAUGCUUCGACAAUGGGCUCGCACGCUCCAUCUCCCUACGCCAGCAUGAGUCCCGCCGAUCCCCUGAUAGCAAACCACUCCCCACCUCUAUCAAACAUGUCCCAUGGCUCAUCCGACAUGUACGGAUUCUCGCACGAUCAGCAAUCUGGCUUUGAUGACAGCCUCUCAAUGAACGACAUGUACUCCAAGCACCAAGUCAGCUUUAUCUCCCAUGAUACCCCCAGCUUUGAACUUCCUAUGCACGGCAUGUCUGCCCACCAUUCUCCCGGAAUGGGUGAUUACAAAGAUUACACUCAUGACAUGACCAACUUGGAUGAGAUCAAUUCGCAGGGCAUGCCCACAUCAUGA